AUGUUCGGAGCUGAAGUCACCGACGAUGGGAAGAGGGUUGUGACUUGUGACCCUGUCAACAAAUUAUACUACUGCGAUCUAUCUUCACUUUCAGGAGGUCUUGAGAGUUUCAGAGGAAGCAGCAGUUUUCUUCCGUUCAUUAAGCUUGUUGACACACUUGAUGCACAGUAUACUGUUAUCUCGAAUGAUGAGACGCUGUUUACUUUCCUGACAAAUAAAGAUGCCCCUAAAUACAAAUUAGUCCGGGUUGAUCUGAAGGAACCAAACAGCUGGACUGAUGUUGUUGAAGAACAUGAAAAGGAUGUCCUAGCGUCGGCUUUUGUAGUCAACGGGAAUCAACUGGUCACAUGCUAUAUGAGCGACGUUAAGCACAUCCUGCAAAUUAGAGGCAUGAAAUCUGGCUCUUUGCUUCACCAGUUACCUCAAGGUAUUGGUUCAGUAUCUGAUGUUUCUGCUCGGCGCAAGGACAAUACCUUCUUCUUUAGCUUUACCAGCUUCCUCAAUCCCGGUGUGAUUUACAAGUGUGACUUAGCCAACGAAGCUCCAGAAGUUAAGGUGUUCCGAGAGGUCGCUGUACCGGGAUUUGACAGGGAGGCAUUUCAAGCCACUCAAGUCUUCUAUCCCAGCAAAGAUGGAACGAAGAUACCAAUGUUUAUUGUGGCGAAGAAAGAUAUCAAGCUAGAUGGCUCACACCCAUGUUUGCUCUAUGCAUAUGGUGACACGGUGAAGCUCAUUAAUACAUCAAAGAUAGGUUGGAUGAAGACGAAACCGAAUGAAGAAGAUGACGAACUCGUUAAAGACAGACACGGCGAAGCUCAUUAA